CUCUCUCCUCUCCACUCCUCUUUCUUUCGCUGAAACGAUUCACGCGAAAACCGCCCUCAUUUUCUCUCGCUUUCUCGCACUUUCCUUCCGCCGAGAAAACAUUAGGGCUUCAUCCUCCGCUCCCUGAAGGAUCCGCGAAGAGGUCCCGAUCAUGUGGGCGCAGCCGCACCGUAAGGAUGUGGAAGCGGGGGCGAGGCCCCUGUACCCGAUGAUGCUCGAGAGCCCCGAGUUGCGGUGGGCCUUCAUCCGGAAAGUCUACUCGAUCGUCGCGCUCCAGUUGCUCGCCACCAUCGCCGUCGGCGCCGUCGUCGUCUCCGUCCAUCCCAUCGCCCAUUUCUUCGUCAGUACCAGCGGGGGCUUGGCGCUGUAUAUCGUCCUCAUCAUCACGCCUUUCAUCGUUUUGUGUCCGUUGUAUUACUAUCACCAGCGGCAUCCUGUGAACUAUCUCCUGCUCGGGAUCUUCACCAUUACCUUGGCGUUCGCGAUUGGAUUGACGUGUGCAUUUACGAGCGGGAAGGUCAUAUUGGAAGCUGUUAUAUUGACUGCUACGGUAGUUGUCAGCCUUACUCUCUACACAUUCUGGGCUGCUAGGAGGGGUCAGGAUUUCAACUUUCUCGGACCCUUCUUGUUUGGUGCCAUCAUCGUGCUUCUGGUGUUUGCAAUGAUACAGAUCCUCUUUCCCUUGGGCCGGCUCUCUCUGAUGAUAUACGGGGGCUUAGCAUCGCUUAUUUUCUGUGGGUACAUCGUAUAUGACACAGACAAUCUGAUCAAACGCUACUCAUAUGAUGAAUACAUCUGGGCUGCAGUUGCACUGUACCUCGACAUUGUCAACCUAUUCCUAUCUUUGAUGACUCUCUUCAGAGCCGCUGAGAGUUAGACAGUGUUAUUCUGAUCCGUCUAUGUCUUUUCUGCCCCUCUUGUUUCUAGAUCUCUCCUUCCAUCAAGUGAACAUACCAAACAAAAAAGCAAAAGGCUGUUAGUCUGUGUUGAUUGUAUAGAAUGCUUGACGCAAUGCAUUCCCAUCCCACCCAUCUUUUUGGUGCGACACCAGGAGUUGUUGAUCGUUGUAGCCAUGACAAACAUUGGAUGUGUAUGCAUUGCAGCAUUUUGUAA